GAAAAGGGAAGGCCGUUCUGACUUUUAUAGUCAGUUUCCAAUCGAUGUGUCCUAGUUAUAUUUCAGUGUUGUAUAUUACCUCUGUAUUCUUCCCACUAUUAUACACGUCUGUAUAGUGUUGCUACCGCGUGAAGCUUCAAGAUGGGCUUCAUCCGAGUCAAAUUGUUGCAAGUGGAACCAGGAAGUCGAAAGAUGGUUGAUGAUGGUGAAGUGUUUGAUCCAUUUUGUGCCAUCAAUGUCAAAGAAGCUGUUGAAUCUCAAGGUCAUGGAGUGCAGCUCGUACAAAAGAAAAAGACAAUUUAUCCCGAUUGGAAUAAAUGUUUUGACGCUCACGUGUACGAUGGGAGAGUUGUCCAGAUUGUCAUCAUGAAUAGACCAAAUAAAAUGCUGGCUGAAGUGACAAUUGGUGUUGAUGUUUUGGCGCACAAGGCUAAAGGGAAAAAUGAUAGUAUUGUUGGCAUGUGGUUGGAUUUACAACCAACCGGGCGAGUUCUUAUACAAGUUAGACACUUUGCUGAAGAUGGAGAUCCGGAGACACACAUACCAGAUGCUGGUUCCCAGAGGCCACUUCUUGGAUUGGCGCGACGUCAAGGAGCUAUUCGUCAUGCUAAGAUACAUGACCACCGAGGGCACAAAUUUCUUGCAAAGUUUUUUCGCCAGCCUGCAUAUUGUUCAUUUUGCAGUGAGUUUUUAUGGGGUUUUGGUAAACAAGGCUAUCAGUGUAAAGAAUGCACAAUGGCUGUGCAUAGGAAGUGCCAUAAAAAGAUCUUGACUAAAUGUCCAGGAACUGGUGUAGAAACACUGGAUACCAAGCGACUCAAAGAACGUUUUAAAGUAGACAUGCCUCAUAGAUUUAAAGUUCACAACUAUAUGAGUCCCACUUUCUGUGAUCACUGUGGUACAAUGCUGUAUGGAUUAUUCAGACAAGGUGUGAAAUGUGAAGUUUGUGCAGUAAACGUACAUCAUAAGUGCAAGAAACUGGUGCCCAACUUGUGCGGCGUCAAUCAGAAAUUACUUGCUGAAGCCAUGGAUGCAGUGGAGCAAGCACGGGUAACAAGAUCAAAUUCUGAAUAUCCAAUGGUUCCUGGUGCUGAUGAUGAAGAUGAUGAUGAUGAUGAUGAUGACGAUGAAAGAGCUGUAUAUGAGCCUAUGUGGGAGGCUGUAGGUCCACCACCCCCUCAGCGUACCACCAGUCUUAGAGGAGCAGUUGCAGUACCUCCUCAGGAAGUCAGAAGAUUUUGUAACACAGACUUCAAUUUUCUCAAAGUUUUAGGAAAGGGUAGUUUCGGAAAGGUGCUGUUAGCAGAACUAAAAGGAACAGAUAAAUAUUUUGCAGUAAAGACACUUAAAAAAGAUGUGGUUUUAGAAGAUGAUGACAUUGAAUGCACUAUGAUUGAAAGGCGGGUAUUAGCAUUGGCAUGGCAACAUCCAUUCUUGACUCAUCUCUAUUGUACAUUUCAGUCAAAGGAACAUUUAUAUUUUGUAAUGGAGUAUUUAAACGGCGGUGAUUUAAUGUUUCAUAUCCAGCAAAAUGGGAGAUUUGAAGAAAAGAGAGCAAGGUUUUAUGGUGCAGAAAUCAUUCUUGGUUUACAAUUCUUACACCGAAGGGGAAUCAUUUACAGAGAUCUUAAACUUGACAAUGUAUUAUUAGACAAAGAUGGUCAUAUCAAAAUUGCUGAUUUUGGUAUGUGUAAAGAGAAUAUACUUGGCGAUAAGAAAGCCAGCACGUUCUGUGGGACGCCAGACUACAUAGCACCUGAGAUUCUGAAAGGUUUGAAGUACAAUUCCUCUGUGGAUUGGUGGUCCUUCGGUGUACUAUUGUACGAAAUGCUGAUUGGUCAGUCCCCGUUCCAUGGGGAAGACGAAGACGCACUCUUUGAGUCUAUCUGUAAUGAUAAUCCAGUGUAUCCAAGAUGGCUGCCAAAAGAAGCUGCUGCCUGUCUCAGUUUACUGAUGGAACCCAAUCCAACCGAACGACUAGGUAUCAAGACUGACAUCAGAAAACAUGCAUUCUUUCGGGCGGUUGACUGGGAUAAAAUGGACAGGAGAGAAGUGACUCCUCCAUACAAACCCAAAAUUAAAUCAGCCAAGGAUGCCAGUAACUUUGAUCCAGAGUUUACAAUGGAGAAAGUGGUUUUGACACCAACUGAUCCCAGGCUAUUAGAUUCUAUCAAUCAAGUACAGUUCAAAGGAUUCUCGUUUACCAAUCCUCACAUGAUGGAAUAG